AUGUCGCUGCGUUGGGACUUUCCGUGUUCUGCCCUUUCCUUGGGUCAGAGGGUGAACCUGGUUGUUCAAGUUCCAGGCGAGGACGGCCUCUGCACAGGCUUGUGGCAUGGGGACGCCUAUGUCUGCCACGAUUUGACUCGAGGCAUUUGGACUCUGAUUGGGUACCAGGAACCACCUUUGCAGGAUGCCGAACCAUCUUGGCUGUUGACCGUUGCAGUGAUGCCUGCCAUACUUUGCAGCGCAACAACAUACCAGCACUGCAGGGCGACGUGUCUCGUCCGGAAACAGUUGAGGAGAUUCUACGAGCCCACCCAGGAGUUGGCAGCAUCCUGGCUGCCAGCCCGACUGCCUCUUCGGGAUGGCAAAGUGGAUUGCACAGCAUUACAUAACUUGCUGAUCCUCGCUUGGCUUCUGCAGUCAGAUUGCAUAUUGCUUGAAUGUGCUGUUGACCUUGCCGCUUGCCCGGAAGCCCACAACCUGCUGAAGGCAUUCACCGAGAAAGCAGGCCUCGUUGCCUCCUCUGUUCAGCUGGAGCUCGCUGAGCAAUGGGCAAGCAGACGAAGCCGUUGGUGGUAUGUGCUGGUCUUCCUCCCUCAGUACUCGAGACGCAAGGUUGGACUUCUGAACAGUCUGCCGGCAAGCCAUGCUCAGGUUUCCAACGCCAGAGCCGCACUGUGCCUCACUGGCAACCUCACAGCCCCCUUGCAAGCCCUCUGGGUCUAUAGCCAGUUGAAGAUCUGGGCCGCCUGCUUGCCCAACAGUGAAGUUGCCACUCCCGCUGCGGAUCUGGUCUGUCAGUUCAAGUCUCUGCUAAAACAGUCCUGCCUCGAUACUUGGGAUUUGCCAUCCUGGAGAGUUCCCGGUGCCAUCUGGAUCGAGCUCGAGGGCUCCUUAACUCAGGUAAGCAUUCCUGGGCCCACUCCUGUGCAAGAGCUAGUUGAGGCCGAGAAAGCACUGGCCGGCCCUGGCUACAAGGUUCAGGUUCUUCGUAAUUUCCUGGAGCUUCCCUUGGGGGUCCUGCUGCGCCCAAACCCCAGAAACUCACCUUACUGCGUGCACAUCUCAAGCAAGGCCUCCCAGAGAGACCCUACAUGGCAGGAUGCUCAGGCCCUUAUCGGCACCUCCGACAUUACAAUUUGGGCCGGCCUCUUGAGACUUCAGGCUGCUCUGCCAAGCGCCAAAUGUUUUGUGGUCCCGCCUCGCAGUGCCACCAGCCUUCUCGACCACCCGGAGCAUUGUGAUGCCACCUUUGCCUGGCCUCCUUAUGCAGACCUCUGCCUUUUGGCCUUUGUUGAUCAGGCUCACUGGUCUCUUCUUGUGUUGACCGCGACAGAAGGCGGAGCUGAAGCCGCCCACCUGGACGGGAUGCCAGGACGCAGCACGAAAGCCGCGCAACUUCUUGCCGCCCGCUUUUGUGCCCUCUGUGGCACGCAGCUGUUAGGUUUUCAAGCUGGCUGCAAUUGGCAGCAGAAAGGGCCCAACGACUGCGGCCCAAUCACCCUUGCCCAUGCGACAGUUGCUCUCUCCGGUGGGACUGUUACGCCCUCCUUUCUCAGUGAUGCUCAGAACUUUGUCAAACACAUGCCCUUCCACAAGGCUUUGCUUUAUGGGUUCGGUGGGCUUUCCGAGGAACUUCAGGGCCAGUUGCAGUCCACCCUCCUUGAGAAGGGUGUCCCACAAGACAAAGUCAAGGACCGGAUCAAGGAUGCUAUCGUUCGGCUCGGCCCGGGGCCGAUCGCCUCCGCACUUGCCGCUGGCAAUGUUUGGCAGGCCUUGAAGGCGGCCGGGUCCAUCCCCGGCGCUAUGUUCAGAUGGGUCAGACCUGAAGAGGUCAAGGCUUUAGCCGAGUCCAAAGCAUCAGCCAGGUUCGGUGCGGCUGUUGAAAACCCCAGGCAAAAGAAGCAGAAGGCUAAGACGAAGGUUGCCAGGCCUGCCUUGCAGGUUGACCCGGAAUCCCUGCAAUUGGACCCUAACUGCCACGGCGACUGCUCCUGCUUCCACCCUGCCAUUGAGGAAUCUGUCGACCGUAUGAUCCUGGAUGCUUGGGGCCGCUCAUUUUCCAAAGUCGACGGAGGCCGAACCGCGCCAGAGCAAGCUGACCUUUUUCAGGUGAUGAUCAGAGUGCCCUGCUCUGCACUGAAGCUGCUCCAUCAAGCCACCAUUGCAGGCUUCUAUUUUGAGCCCCGUGCUGCUGAUGGGUUUAGCCCUCACGCCAGCUAUGCUGUUGUCUGGCUGCCAGGUAAGGAUAAGGCCCAGGUGCAACAUGUUCUGCGCACAUGUGACAAAGCGCUUGCCAUCACCCGGCUCGGUCGUCGCUUUGGCAUUCGAGUCAAGGAAGCCGAUGAAAAGGCCGUGCAUGCCACCCUGAAACCAGAGGUUGACUUUAUCAAGCUGCGAAUCUCUGCUCGCUUCCGGCUGCAUCCACUGCCACAUGGCAUGCAAAGGUCUCAUCUUGCCAAGCUCCUGAAAGAGUGGAAGUGGCCUGCCAGGCCCCUCCAACCAGCUAGGGGGGAUGCGGCUGGUAGUGCCUGGGAAGUCGGACUCCCGCUGUCUGCGCUUCCAGCAAAACUCGAAGACACAUGCUUCGCGAUGAGCCCAAUUCCGCUUCUGGUUCAGCCGACCCUUGGGCAGGUUAAGCCGGGACAUGCAGGAAACAAUUUGGCCCAAAUUCGCACCGAGCUCCGAGAGGACCUGCAAUCACUUAUGCAGAAGCAGCUCGCCGAGCAUGCAACCCCUGCCUCUGAGUCCACCUCUACUGCCACUGCCAGCCAAGACGCCCGAAUCCAGCAGCUCGAGGUUGGAGUCCAAGAGCUCCAAAUGCAGAAUCGCAAAUUUGAAGGGUGGUUUCAAAGCUUUGGCACACAGCUCUCUGAGAGCAAAGCCCAGGUCACAGACAUGCAGAAAGCCAUGCAAGGCCAACAGGCUGAUGUCGCAAAGCUCCGUGGGGAGGUCUCGUCUGCCGUCGGCUCUCUCAAGUCCGACAUGAAUAGCCGCCUCGACGACCAGCUCCAGCGCAUCGAAGCCUUGCUCAGCAAGAAGUCUCGCACGGAGUCAAAAGAACCUCUUGCGGUUGAGCUCGGUCCCGGACUCUGGCACUUCAGUGAAUCUCAGUUGUCUGCAGUUACUCUCAGGUCCUGCUCUGGCACUCUUCGUUCCCUCGCCAAAGCACGAAACCGUCAAGUUCGUAUUACCUCGGGCGCUCCCGCCGCCUUGCGCCCUGGGUCCCUCUGGGCCGGUGCUUGGUCAGGUGUGCUGACCAUGUCUGACUUUCCUUCCAGGCCGCUGCAAUUGCACUGGGGGCCUGAUGCAUUCGCCACUGGAAGGUUGCAGGCUACUUUUCACUGUGUUGGCUCCCUGCCACUCAUCACCGCUAAUGUCUACGGGUACCCUGCAGGACCCACUUUCCCUGAUGCCCGGCAUCGCACAGAUCAACUUCUUGAGAUCCUCACACGGGAAAUCGUGAUCGGUCGCUCGGGUGCGCGGGCCAUCGUCGGGGAUUUCAAUCAUUCCCCUGAUGUGCUGAACCAAGUCAGCAGCUGGCGCAUGCAUGGCUGGCAAGAAGUUCAGGUUUUGGCCUCAGAGCGGUGGGGCCACACUCCCACCCCUACAUCCAAGGGUGCCGCCUUUCGUGAUCACAUCUUUGUCAGCCCUGAGGCCGCGGCCCUCCUCACUGCAGUUGAGGUUCGUGAUGUCUUUGCUGAACACAGUACUGUAAUUGCUAGUCUGUCUCUGGAUGGGGUUCACCAGGCUCAGACUUGGCCUUUGCCCAGCACCAUCCCCUGGGCCAACAUAGACAUCCCUGCUUGGCAAGCCUCGGCCCCUGCCUCUGGAGCCUCCAGCUCUGAUGCCACCACGUGGCUGAAACAGUUUUCUAAGGGCUUUGAGGCAAGCCUUGAGCUGCACAGCAAUGGGCUCCCCGAUGCUCGGCUACCCAACCGGUGCCACGGCCGGGCCUCACGCACCAAGCCCCUGCCUUCACGCAUGGUUGCCCCUCCUUCCGCUUCUCGGGAGGGCGAGGAGGUCAUUGGCCACAGCCUCCUAAGCCUCGAAGUAAAGAGAUGGUUCCAGCAACUGAGACGGCUGCAAUCCCUUGUGCAUGGCCUCAAGGCUGCCAAUCUGUCACCUUCCGCCGUUGAGUAUCGCUCUGCACUGUGGCACGCCAUUACUCGUGCCAAGGGCUUUCGCAAUGGCUUUUCCGGAUGGUGGCAAACCCGUCACAUUAAGUUGCAAGGGACCCCCGCUGCACUUCCACGCGAGGUGCCCACACUGCAGAUUGCCACUCUUUGCUUCACUGAUUUCCGUGAGAAUUAUCGAAGGUUCGAGGCCUGGAAUGCCAGGCAAAGGCAGUCAGUCUUGAAGGAACGCUACGAGCAUGACAGCAACCUGCUUUUUCGCGACCUGCGAGAUGACAGUCCUGAACAGGUUGACUGCCUUGUGGUACACCGGACCCACACGGUCCUUGCCACUGAAGCCGACACCGGCCAGGUCCAACUUGACUCGGACCUAGAUACUCGUGGCUCCUCCGAGUGGCGCCUCGAUGGCCAACCUGUUGUUAUCUCCAGCCCAGACCAAUGUGUGGCCACCAUUUCACCCUCAAUUUCCGUUUCUGUUGAUGCCGAGCUUGAGCAAAUACAGUAUCUCUCCUCGGUGGAAGACAUUUGUCACGAAUUCGUUUGUCUCUGGGAGCCACGCUGGCGCAAACACCACAACCUGCCGCCCGAUCACUGGCAUCGGGUCCUCAACUUCGCUGCCGCCUACCUCCCCACGGGUCAUUUUGACCUACAGCCUUUGUGCCUACAAUCCUGGAAAGCAGCUAUCAAGCACUUCCGUCCGAGGGCUGCUCGAGGUCCUGACGGUUACGCCUUAGCCGACCUCCAGCACAUGCCGGACAGCCUCACCACUGAGCUUUUGGAUUUCCUCUCCUCAAUCGAGGCCGGGGCACAAGUGUGGCCAGAUCAAUGGCUUCUCGGAUUUGUCUGCGGGCUGAAAAAGCCGAACAAUGUCCAGGGAGCAGAGGGCUACAGGCCCAUUGUACUCCUCUCCAUCGUUUAUCGUUGCUGGAGUGGUCUCCGGGCACGACAGCUUCUUCGUCACUUCAAGAAAAUCAUGCCCGCCACGGCUCUUGGCUUCCUGCCUGGCCGUGAAACUACUGAUUUUUGGUGGCAACUUGAGGCUUUGAUCGAGCUUUCCUGUAUGGAGGGAACGGAGCUUUGCGGUUUCUCUACUGACAUUGUUAAGGCCUUUAAUGCUCUGCCUCGCGAGCCAAUUUGGCGGAUUGCUGCCCAAAUCGGGUUCCCCUCUUCGGUGCUUAUCCCCUGGCGAAACUUUCUGGGUCGCUUUGAGAGGCGCUUCCUGAUAAGGCAAUGUGUUAGUGAGCCCCUGCUCUCCACCGCUGGCUUCCCCGAGGGGUGCGCGUUAAGCACUACUGCCAUGAACGUGGCAUGCCUGAUCUUCCAUUCAUAUCUUGAAGUUUUCGGCCGUGGAAUUACUCCCCACUCUUACGUUGACAAUUGGGCCUGCACCGCAGGCACUGCAGGGCAGCUUGCUCUGGGGGUCAACCUCAGCCACUGUGUGAUGGAUUUGCUCGACCUCACUCCCGACGACAGCAAAACAUACACCUGGGCGGUCCAAUCGGGUUCCCGCAAACAGCUCCAAGCCCUUGGCCUCCCAACUUGUACCCACGCACGUGAGCUUGGAGGUGUUCUGUCGUUCGGUCGUGCCACUCGUAAUGCCGCUCUGGUGGAGCGCUGCCACGACACUGCUGAGUUGUUUGCUCGCCUCAGGCGCUCCCCGGCCCCACUGCGGCAAAAACUGUACGCACUGCCCAGAAAAGUCUGGGCCCGGGCCCUGCAUGGCAUAUCCAUCUGUCCUCUCUCAGAGGCCCAGGUUCACUCCUUGCGUUGCUCGGCUGUCAAAGCUCUUCGGGUGUGUCCUGCAGGCAGCAGUGCCCUUCUCAGGCUAUCCAUCCACUCUGACCUUGAAGCCGAUCCCGGCUUCUAUCAAUUGUGGGUCGUUAUCCGUGAUCUCAGGCGGAUGUGUGCCAAGCAUGCUUCGGUGGUGGACAAAUGGACCUCUUUCAUGCAAGGUUUUUCUGGACGGCUUCAACACGGCCCGUUCUCCAAGCUGCUGUCCGUCCUCAACAGGAUCGGCUGGAGUGUUGCCAAGCCACCAGUUGCAAUGGAUCGGCAUGGAGGCUCUGUUGACCUCCUUUCCCUUCCCACCUUGACCCUCCGACGUCUGUUGGAGCAAGCUUGGUUAGACCAAGUGGCCACCGACCACCGGCACAGAAAGCAAAUGCUCGACCUCACUGGCAUUGAUCGUGCCCUCCUUCGGCGCUCCGAGAAGGGCCUGACACCGCUCCGCCUGGCACAGCUCAAUGCCCUUCGUUCCGGAGCCUUCCUUUUUGAUGCAGCUCACAGCAAGUAUGAUGUCACCCUCACUGGCUUCUGUGCCCUUUGCCAGGUGGAGGACACCCCUGAACACAGGGUUUGCCAUUGCCCUCGCUUCUGUGAAGCAAGGACCGGUGUGGAAUGGGUUUGCCAGAUGUGGAAUGACCUCCCGGUGUGCACUACGCACCACCUGCUUGCUCCCGCUUCGCCAUUCCUUCCAGAGGUGCGACAAUGCCUGCUUGAAUGUCCGGAUCUUUCGGGCAACUUUGCAUCCACGGCCACCGGCCCUGGGAUCCAGCACUUGUUCACCGACGGUUCCUGCAUUUAUCCCGACCUGCCUGAAUUGGCUUUGGCAUCCUGGGGCACCGUUAAUGCAAGUUCGGGUCAGAUCAUCGGCAGUGGGCCCGUACCAGGUUUGGCCCAAACUAUUCCGAGGGCUGAAAUGUGGGCGGCGAUUUGCUCUCUCAAAUGGGGCCUCUUUUGCCGCGUUUCCGUCAUUGUCUGGUCUGACUCCGCCUAUGUGGUGAAAGGCAUUCGUGCCAUCCUGGCGAACACUUUCGUGCUUCCUCGGGAAAACUUCGACUUGUGGGCCCUGAUUGCUGACCUUGCUGCACAAUACGAACACGGGACACUGCAAGCUCAGCAUGUCCCCUCUCAUAUUGAUGUUCAGGCCUGCGACUCGCCUCUCGAUGAGUGGUUGGCUCUCUGGAAUGACAAAGCCGACAGGCUUGCGGCCCAUGCCAACGGCAAUCGGGGGCUCAAACUGGCUGGUGCACAUCAGGCUGCUGUCUCCUUCUACAUUGAGCAAUCCGCCAUCCUGGAGGCCCUGUUCCUGGUGUACUCGCGUAUUGCCGACCUCACUUGCGCACGGGCCAAGAGGCCACACAACGAACUGGAGCCUGAGCUCGAGACAGUUGCCCCAGCUGCUGUUCCAGCAUCUGGAGCCUGUCUCCGCUUUACUGAUGAGAUUCCGCUCGACUGGCUACACCAAGUUUCACUUGCAUGCCAGGCUUUUCCAAGAAUUGAGGAAAAGUCCUAA